UUCGUGUAUCAAGUAUCGAGGAAACGCCAAACACAGGAGAUACUUGGUGUGGACAGCAGUGAUACAGAGAAGCACAAAAACGACUGGACUCAGAUAGUCGGAUCCAGCAUGUGUACCAGAUGGUGGCAGUAAUGGUGCUGUAAGGUGUUUCACAACCACUGAAAAAAAACAUCAAGAAGAAAUAAGAAGAGGAAGAGGAAGAAGAAGAGAGAUGUCGGAGAAAAACAGAAGGAUCCGUCAGACUGCAGCAGCUCCACCAGAUGGGAAAGUUAAUGGUGGAGCACCUCCGAACAAAGUCUACAGUGUGGAGCUGUGCGUCCAUGGACGGUCUGAAACCCCCAUCGGUCAAGAUGACCCCAUUAAUACCAUCAACACCACCAGUGAUUAUUAUGCACCGAGACGCUCCAACGCUAAAGGGAGGAAGAGGAGGAGGAUUCCUGUUGCUGUGGAAACGCAGCUGUCCUGGUGUUUCCUCUGUGACGACGUCGUGGUGGAUCCAGUCUCGACUGAGUGUGGCCACCGGUUCUGCAGAAAGUGCAUCACCUCACACUGGGAAAAGAACGUUUCAUCACAAGAGAGCCCCUGUCCCGAGUGUGAAGCAGCAAAAGCCGUGACCAAACCUGCACCGCAGCAAGACAGCACCGCCAGCGUUGUACACUUGAAAGUUGGUUUCCGGGAGCCGAGGAAGGAACCGAAGGAGCCAAAGAUUGGUAUGAGAUGGAGUUGCUCAAACGUCACAGAAGGAGCCGAGGAAGGAGGAGGAAAUAAAACCCUCCUCAACAACAUCUUCACUGAGCUCUACAUCACAGAGGGACGCAGUGACGAGAUCGAAACCCAACCUGAGGAGAACCAGACUGAGACACCUUUCAAGAAACCGAGCCUUAAUGAUAAACCAAUUCGGUGCCAUGAUAUCUUUAAAGCUCUUCCCGAUCGACCGAGGAAAUACCGAGUGGUUGUGACGAAAGGCCUCGCUGGCGGUGGGAAAUCCUUCUUAUUGCAGAAGUUCACUCUGGACUGGGCCGAAGGUUUGGAAAACCAAGAGCUCACUCUGGUGAUUCUGUUUGCGGUGAGGGAGCUGAACAUAGUCAAAGAUAAGGAGUACUGUUUUCUGACGCUGAUCCAUGACUUCCAUCCGUUAUUAAACAAAGUCACACCACAGAAGCUUGCAGAAUGCAGGGUUUUGUUCGUCUUUGAUGGCCUAGAGGAAAACAAACUUUCAAUGGAUUUCGAGAACGCGGAGGAUGUGUUUGAUGUCACGGAGACAACGUCAGUCAGUGGGCUGAUGGUGAACCUCAUCAAGGGGAAUUUGCUUCCCUCGGCUCUCAUCUGGAUAACUUCCCGACCCUCCGCAGUCAGUCAGAUCCCUCUUAAAUACAUUGACAGACUGCUGGAAAUACAAGGAUUCACUGAUGGCAAGAAGGAAGAGUACUUCAAGAGGAAAUUCCCCGAUGAAGACAUGUACAGCAGAGUCAUGACAUACAUCAAGUCAUCCAGGAGCCUUCACCUCAUGUGUCACAUCCCAGUCUUCUGCUGGAUCACGUCUACGGUUCUGAAGGACAUAUUCGGUCCGAACGAGAAAGGAGAGCCGCCCAGGACCAUCACUGACAUGUACUCGCGCUUCCUGCUGAUUCAGACCAGGAGGAAUAAGGACAGGCCUCCGAACGCAAGGGAGACGAAUCCACAGGAGCUGAUGGAGGCCGACAAGGAAGUUCUUCUGAAGCUGGCGAGGGUGGCGUUUGAUCAGCUGGACAAACCAACCAUCGCGGAAGAAUAAGAAAACCCGAAGCUGGUCUUGAUGUCACAGAACCAGUCAGUGUCUUCAGGAGUUUUGUACAUAGAUCUUCACUUUCUUCAGCUUUGCUCAUCUGCACAAUCAAGAGUUUCUGGCUGCAGUUUGCAUGUAUCACUGUGACACCAACUACAAUCGCUCAUCCCUGAGAGACUUGGGAAAAAUCUCACAAAAGUGUAAAUGCUCGCUUCCUUCAUGAACUCUCUCUGGAGUCCAAUUAGAGAGUCUUAGGAGGCCUGCUUGGUCAGACGGAGAACAGUCCACAAAUCAUCCAGAGAGUCUUCAACAAGCUGAAGGAGAAGAUGACCUAUAGCCUCGUUUCCACUAAUGAAGUUGCCUUUUAUAGGAAGGUCCUCUCACUCAAACCUCCAGGCUGUUGUGUUUCCAUAGCAGAGUAGGACCUCGAUAGGACCCACCGGACUCUGACAGUGCCGUCACUGAGGAGACGCACCGAAAGCAUAACAAAGAAAACGAUAACAAUAUCUGGUUUGAGUGUUCGUGUACAUGGAGGUGGACGCUUUCUACUACUGUUCUUCUUCUGCUGGGUUUUUAAAAAUGCAGCUUAUUUUGUGAGUUGAGUUUUCUGUUGAUGCCACAUCCCGCUUUGAGUCUACCCAAUCAGCACCAAGUCAACCUUAAGCCCCACCCAGGAAUGUUUCAGGGCUGAACGUCAUUCGGGGAUGUAUCCUGCUAUGGAGACACAUACCAACGGCCUCGGUCCUGUAAAAUUAGCCUGAAGUUCCUGCAGUGGAAACAGGGCUGAUGUAACAAGAACUUUAAGAGCAAGAAAAAUGUUGUAGUUGGUGUGCUGUAACUUAUGAACAUUUUGUUAAUUGUAAAUGUUAAAUUUUAGUUUAUCCUUCAGCUUCUUAGUUUUAAUAUAAAUCCAGCAAAAGAACUUGGACUUCAGGAUUUGUGUUGAAAACGCUUUAACAGUGCCUGCUGCUACUAACCACACUCAAAUACAAUGUAUGUGAGUGAAGGUGUAAAAGUAAAUAAUUUGUAAUAACAGGCUUAUUAUCACUGUCUGUGGCCUCUGAAGUCCAAUCCUGCCUGUUUUAGAGAGCUGGACCUGAGUAAAAAUUACGUGAAUGGAGACUGAGGUUUUCCACUUUUAUAUCUUUAUGUACUCACUUAUUCAAAUUAAGAAUGAUUGAUUCAUUUGUUUUCCACAAAUAAAAUUGCUUUUA